AUGAGGAGGGCACUUCUCAUUUUCGUCCUGUUCGCCACCCUGGCCCUUCUUGAUGUUCGACCGGUCACUGCCGAUGAGACCAUCACGGAGGAGCGUCAGGGCUGUUCCAACUCCGCCCUUUGCGCCAUCCCCGUGGCCGGUAACGGUCUCUACUCGCUUCUCUUCAACCCGCUGACCCAGGUCACAACAUCGAUCAGCCUCUUCUCGCCGCUCUACGACUCGAUGAGCAACUUCACCCUCCAGGCCUGGGUCUACCUCACCCCCGUGACCCUCCCCGUCCCCAACGAGCGGCCCAUCUUCUUCAAGGGUCUGUUCGCCCAGACCGGCCACAACGGCGUGCCCGCCUCAGUCGAGUUCUACGUCUAUGUCAAUAGCAACAACUUCGUCGGGUUCCGCAUGGGCGGCGGAGGCACCAGCUACGGCUUCGACUUCACCGCCCCUUUCGCCCUCGGAAGCGAUGUUUGGACGCAGGUGACGGUGACUCUCAACGCGCGCACGCGAGUGGCCUCCAUCUACGUCGACGGCGCGCUGCUGGCGGCGCAGAACUGGCUCCUCACCACGCCCUCCGGCCCCUACGCCGACGAGGUCGCCUCGCCUCGCGUGUUUGGCGAACGCAUCCAGCUGGGUCUCUACUCCCAGUUCCAGGGGACGGUUCACCGCUUCGACGGUCGAAUCGACGAGGUGCGCGUGUGGAACCGCGCCCUGAGCGCCGCCGAGAUCAACGCCAACCUCAACAGUACGCCCUCCCCCUCUCCUCCUCUUAUUCAUCAUCUUCAUCUUCUUCUACAUUCUCGGGGGGAGAGAUGA